AUGGGGGAACUUCCCUUUGAUUUGGACGAGAUGUCGUUGAGGAUUCCCGUCGUGAAGCUUUUGAUGAAGAAGAAGGUGAUGAUGAUGAUGAUGCUUCAAGGCUGCAACUUGGAAAAGAAAAUACUGGCAACCGGGAUUUGGAUAAGCAAACGAUUCAACGACAAGAAACGAAGGAGACUUUGUCUUUUCUCUCGCUUUGAAUUCACUGGGACAAGAGACAACUCUGAUGAUAAUUCCGUGGAAGACAGUAAUAGCACUCUCGACAACGAUAUCGAUGAGCUGUUGGUUGAUGUCGACUCAAGGAUACGGCCGGCGAGUAAAACAGCCAUCGAAGGAUUAGAGAAGGUGAAGAUUAGAGAAGGGUUAGGCGAUGAAAGGUUUUGUUCGGUGUGCUUGGAAGAGAUGUCGACGGAGAUGGAAGCAAGACGUCUGCCUUGCUCUCAUAUUUAUCAUGCUGCCUGCAUUAUAGAGUGGCUGAAGAAUAAUAAUAAGUGUCCCUUGUGUCGCUACAAUAUGCCCGUGGUUGAUUUUGAUCUGAAUAUGUAAAGAAUGCCUUGGUGGAUUUUGAUCUCAAUCUUGAUCCUAAUCUGACUAUGUUUUCUUUUCUUUCUUUUCUUUGAGUUUUUGUUUGUGCUCUAACUGAUCAACAAUUUAUUUGUAAUUUUAAAUUAAUGCAAUUAAUUAG